AUUUGGCAUCUCGCCAACGAACUAACGAUCCUCAUAUCGAGAGGAUCGUACUUCCUUGAGUGGGCCGAAGUAUCUCCGUUUGCGCAAAAGUAAUACUUCCGUAAAGAUCAAUAUACGAAUGUCGUUUCUCAUAAGGACCGAAGACACAUUGCGACCGUCAAAAAUGAGAAUGAAUACAUUUCGCAAGUUAAUUAAAUAAAAUAUUUCAAAAGUAAUUUAACUAGACUAGAAACAUUACCUUGAUUUCUUCAACAAUUCCGUAUCUCCCAGGAAAUUGCGAAUUAUGAAUAAAGAAAGGACUCUUAUUGUUCUUGACAUUAUUGUAAUAUUACAUGAUAGUGAAAUAUGAAAAUCUAAGAAAAAAAUUCCACAAAAAAAAAAAUAUGCGUAUCCAAUAGAGCGUUCCGGGCACUUCUCAACUGAUUUAAUGACAGAUCCUUCAACAAACUCUAAAUUUAUUUUCUCCCGGGAGAAAAAAAUUGACGUCAAAAGGAAGAUUAACAACAUUCUGCUCGGGAGCUGAAAGAAAAACGGAAGACAACGCAGUUCUAAAUACUCGAGAAGUCAGAAGAAAUACAAAUUAUAUUCUACCUUCAAUCGGAAAAUACGAAAAAAAAGUUGUAGUGUCGCACAACAGUUUAUCAACUGUUAUUAGCUCGCCUUUUAAUAAACUAAAAGGAUUAUAAGGACACGAGUAAAAGCACGUUGAAAAAUACCGAGGGGAAAUAUCGGGAAUUUUUGUUUUGUAAAAAUUUCGAUACAGAUCGUCAAUGUGCACCUCGUGGGUGCACGAAAAGCGGAAUUGUUUUCGUUUACGUCGGAUUUUUCGACGAAUAAUACGAUCGUCAAGCGAUUUCCUCGCUGAUAAAGCUGAUCCGAAGGACGAGUUUCGAGGGAGAGUGGUGCCAUGUCUCAGAUCGAUAUUCCCGUCGAGAUAAUUUCGCGGAGGGCUUUUCAUAAUCUCGCUUUCAUCCAGAGAGUCGAAACGUCCGCGUCGAAAUAGCCCGGCAUGAUUAAUGAAUUUGCCGGGCGAACUUUCGCCGUGCGGAAACCCGAACCCGUGCCGAGGGGAGGGUCCUGUCGGCGAGGUCGGCGUAACGUCAACAUUAAUACUCUUUCAGCCCUUACGUACCUUAUAUCCUUCCACCUGUCCGCCCACGCGCCGAAUUAAUGUUUUCGCAGAUACGGGCCAUUGAUUUUACGUCAAAUAUAGUUAUCGGGAUUCGGUUAUCGGCGCGACCUAUGCCGACAUUCGACUCGACUGUCUGUUCGCACAUGUAACCACGUUAAAUAUCCGGCUAUCUCAACCAAAUCGGGAUUAGCGGGAUCGCUAUUAGUAGAAACAGUCCGAUCCCGACCGGGCUUACGUCCGCGAAUUAGACAGCGAUAUCGAUCCUUUGUCUAUCGUCAGUUAUAAUUUGACGAGAAAUAGUUGGAUGAUCUGAGAUAUUUUUGCCGCGGCAGACGAUACGCCUUUCAUAAUUCGUGACUUGUUCAUCGUUCAACAUUCACGAUGCAUAGCCUCGUACAUAAAACAAGAGGAAUUGAACGACGAUUCCAGACGAUUUCCUUUAAUUUCAUCAAAAAAUCCGCCAAGGAUAAAUAAUAAAUGCGAACUCGAUGAUUGUUCAGGUUACUCAAAAAUCUCGUAAAUAACAAAUACUUAUGAGACACGAGAGAUCCACAGUCCCAAGUGCCUUACGCGAUUCUUCGGUGAAAGGAAGAAGAGAUCAGUUAAACAUCCCGCGUUCUAGAAAAAAGGUAAACGUAAGAGGGAAUAUUAAUUAAGGACCGAGUCGGAUGAUGAACGCAGGGUUGAUUCGCGCCGGUAUAGAUUACAUUCACCGGACUCGUGCACGUUUCAAACGCACUUGCAUCCGUGCGAAUUAAAUGCAGAGCGGAUUGUACCUCGCGCAACAACAUCGCCCGUCAUCUGCUCCUCUCGAUCCGGGAUGGAAUCGAGGAUAUCGAGAAUUCUCCGAGCGAUAAUCAAUAAAUGCAAUUGUCUACACAAAUCCCUGGUUCCGUAAACUGGAAAUUAACACCGGCGCGCGUUAAUUAGAUGGCUCCGUUCUUUUAAAAUCCUUCCCACUCGGAUAAUCAAACUGGGUCACGCUCGUUUGUUUCGCGGGGGAGAAACAGAAUUAAAUGGUCGAAUUCCGGGACGAAAACGAAGAUUUUCAGGCCCCUUGCGGUCGGCAUUCAACCUUCUCAUUUGAAUAUUUAAUGUAUAAUAUCGUGUAAUUUCCUGCAUGACCGAGACCGCUCUUACACCAUUCGUACGACGAUUUUUGCGCGCAAGGGAUGAAACCUUUGCUCUCGAAUGAUCUUCCCUACGACCGAAAGUAAUCGGAUCAGAGGUAAUUUCUGAGCCGUAAGAGAACGCGUUCUCUCGAAAGGAAUAACUUUAAUUGAAUAUCCGCGCGUUCGUUGAAUAAUAUUAUUUUGUUCUUUUAUACGAGCACGACGGUUGGGUCAAACUUCAACGGGAGACGCAAUUUGCGCAAUUCUCCAUGUAAACGGUUCAGAAAUCAAUUUCAUCGAUAACAGUGAUAAUUCCCAGUGAUAAGACGAGAUAGACGCUGAAAAAAAAACGCGCGUAAUUAAGCUGAAAUUAUCAAAUAAUUAUCGCCCGGGGUCUUCUUCCCACGGAGAUGUAUGUCACGGGUACAUCGCCGGCGCGUGACCGACAAACUCUUGCGAAGUUUUCUCAUUUCGAAUUCGUUAACACGCGAAACCGCCGGUUUACUCAGCUACUUCGUACCGAGUCGUCGGGUCCUCCCCGUCGGCUUAGACAUAACAUGAAUUAUGCAACGUCACUUCGAAAUCGCGUUGCACUCGCGUUAAGUACACGAUUCCGUCCCGAUUCGGACUCGGAUCGUGAUCGUCGGCGGUGACGUCGGCGACCUCGCGAUCGCGACGGAAAUCAAAUCUCCUGGAUGAUAACCUGGAGAUGCGAAGUGAUUGACACGCGAAAUAUAUAAACGUCCACACGUACACGCAAUGCGGGUCAAUAACGUUUGCGUUAUUAACGCGCAAACGCCCGUGUGUCGCUCCGUACAAUGUACCUUGAUGCAUCAUAUCUUCGUACACGUAAAUACGUUUACGUGUGACGCACGGAAUCCCGCGAUUUGCCAAGGAAACUCAGGAAGUACGCCCGCGUUCGCCAGUUAUGCCGCGGCUUAUCUAUCCCGGGGGGCGGGAGAGGGGGUGCCUUCCGCGAUUCCCGAAAUUUGAUAAAACCCCGACCGUUCGCACGCGCGUAAUCACGCAACCCUGCCGUUAUUUCCACGCGAAACAAGUCGGCCGCCCGCAGUGAAGAUACUCCAGAUAGAGCGUAGCAUCUCACGGAACGUCCGGAAUCUAUAGGUGAUAAUUCACGAUAUCGUGAAUUAUCACGCAGAUCACCCACAAAGAUAGAGCCUCUUCGUUCGGGCGCGCUGAAGCUCGAAACUGGCGAUGCCUGGCGGUACACAAAGCUGUCUCUAAGAAAUUGUUUAUGUCUUCACGAGCAAGGACGAUUCUGCCGAAAAAUUGAGAUUAAGGAAGAUGGCUGAAGAACAGCCGAAGUACAAAUUGAUCUACUUUAAUGCACGAGGUCGUGCCGAGCAUAUUCGCUACAUAUUCGCCUACGCGGGUAUCGACUAUAUCGACGAGAGAAUUUCCAACGAUCGCUGGCCCGAGCUUAAGAAGUCGAUGCCUUACGGGAUGCUGCCAGUCCUGGAGAUAGAUGGCAAGCCGAUAGCGCAGAGCAACGCCGUGGCGCGUUACCUGGCCCGCGAGCACGAUCUCGCGGGCAAGGACGAAUGGGAAUCGAUGCUGUGCGACGUGCUGGUCGAUACUUUGGGAGACCUGAAACAAUUUAUCUUUCAAUAUCGCACAGAAGAGGAUCUAUUUAAGAAGGAAGAGAAGAAGGCGAAACUCUUGAAGGAAACGAUACCGUUCUACCUGAAUAAAUUCGAGCAAACUGUUGCCGAGAACGGCGGCUAUGCGGUCGGUUCUAUGACCACGUGGGCGGAUUUUGUUUUCACGGUGGCGUUGGAGAACUUCGAGAACAUCUUCGGCGCGACCGCUUUGGAAAAUUAUCCUGCUUUGCGCGGCCUGAAGAAAAGGGUGCACGAAAUCAGCGCGAUCGCUGACUGGCUGACUCGACGACCUCAUUCGGAGUUUUGAAAUGUCGUUUCGACGACGGAAACCGGAAGGCGAUGUCGACAACACAAAUAAGUACAUAUCUGACGCUUGCAACUCACUGUCCUGUAUCGUCGUGACACGGCGAUCGAUAUUAAUCGUGGCAUAACGCAAACGCAAUAUGCUCUUCAUCUGUUCCUUCUGUGCCCAUUUUUGUAGGCUAACUACAUUUAGAAUAUCGUCCCAAAUAUUUUUGUAUACAAUUUGAACUGCGAAAUUGAAUCUUAAAUUGUUCUCUCAGUUCAUAAUACAUAAAUAUAUUUGCUUCGAAAAUAAUAAUGUUAUGUCAAUGCUUGCUUUUAGAUGAAUUUUGUUAUCAGUCGAGUGGAUAAAACGGUAAAUCAAUUUAGAAGCUUAAAAAGAAGUGAUAUUUGUAUAUCAUUGGUCAGAAAAAGAAUAAUGCGCGAUUUCACUUAUUAUUUGGACAACAAAGAUUGAAAAAAUAUUAUCUUUUUCUUCCCAGUUCAGCUUAAAGGAUAAUUUUGUUAUAUCAGUUGAAAUUUAUAUCAUCCAUCAAUUUCAAAUUGUUAACAUUGUUUACAUUGUUCAUGACAUUCAUUUUCGCUGAUUAAAUGGACAACGCACGCGUGAGAUUACUAUCGAAUGAAUGUCUAGAGUACAAAUGAAGCUUGAUCAAUGUGUUCAUUUAUCGCGUCGUGUGAUGUGUGAGUGGUGCUACGACUUUUAUGUCGCCGAAGAAAAAUCCACGUCGUAGAAAAAUUAAGCGCGACGAGAAAAAUAUUGUAAGAUAACGACUAUCUCGUUUCGCGAUUCGCGAUUAAUUGACCUAUCUCGCAAAACGAAUCCAAAUCGAAUAAACAGCGCGAAUAAAUACGAACAAUUUUUCGAAAGCUAAACACGACACAAGUCAUUCUUUCAUGUUUGCGUUUGUUUGAACCUUCGAUUUAGAUCCGUUUUUAUACUGGAUGUUUGAUUACAUUUCUGUAUUGAUUACUUUCUGUAGACAGAUAAAACAGACUGUACUGAUAA